AUGAUGUCGUGUCCAACGGUCAGCGCCACCAAUAUCACCGGUGGUGUCGUAGCCGUUGACUGUCACAAGCAAGUUCGGUCGCGGAGGCUUCUCCGCUCUUUGGCAGAGCUACUCAUCCCCACCUGCAAAUGUGUUUUCCUUGAGCAAAACCACAAUUCUGUCGGGGAAAUCACCUCCCACAAGUACUAUCCUCCGCGGCGUAGUUCCGUUUCGUCGACUCUCAUUACAGGCACCAUAUUUGGUGGUCGUCGUGGAAAAGUUAGCCUCUGCAUCCAAACGGACCCCAAAUCCCGGAACCCACUUCUCCUUCUUGAACUAGCAGUUCCCACGACGGCGCUUGCCAAGGAAAUGAGGAAUGGGACUUUGCGUAUAGCCUUGGAGUGCACGGCUAUAGGGAAUAAUGUUGUGGAUUCUUCAUGCUCUCUCUUGUCCAUGCCAGUUUGGAGAAUGUACUGUAAUGGACGAAUAGUGGGGUUUGCGUUUAAGCCCAAGCCUACGCAGGGGGAUAUAGAAGUUUUGCAGCUGAUGGAGAAGGUAGAAGUUGGCGCUGGCACCAUAAGUGCCAAGGAAAUGAACGGUGAGGAUGAGAUCAUGUACCUCCGCAGCAACUUUGAGAGAGUUCGGGGAUCGUUGGAUUCCCAGUCCUUUCACUUGAUCGACCCAGAAGGCAACAUCGGCCAGGAGCUCAGUAUUUUCUUCCUCCGCAACCAGUGA